UCCAGCAUGGAUUACGUUAGUUUAGGCUGUUGCACGUUGGCCUUCGUGCUGUACAUCAACACACUGAGCGCUGGAUUCGUCUACGAUGACAGACGAGCGAUCCUUGGCAACCCGGACGUGCUCGGCUCGGGCAGCUGGUCGCAGAUGCUGCAGAACGACUUCUGGGGCACACCGCUGGUGGAUUCCGGCUCGCACGGUUCCUACCGGCCGCUGUGCGUGGCCAGCUUCAAGCUCAACUACCUGGUGGACGGGUUCAAACCGUUCGGUUACCACCUGGUCAACGUGCUGCUACAUUCCCUCGCGACCGGCCUGGUGGUGAAGCUGGCCCGCCACAUCCUUCCGGUGGGCCGGUCGGGCGUGGCCAUCACCGGGCUACUGUUUGCGGCCCAUCCCAUCCACACCGAGGCGGUGGCGGGCGUCGUCGGGCGGGCCGAUCUGACCGGGUGCAUCUUCUACCUGCUGGCCCUGCUCGCCUACAUACGGCACGUCCGGUGGCGGCAGUGGGGCGACGGUCGGCAGUGGUUGGCGCUCGCCGGCACCGUUCUGCUCGCCGGUGCGGCCAUCCUCUGCAAGGAAACGGCCGUGACAGCUUUAGUGGUUUGCGCGAUUUAUGACAUCAUAAAGGGAUACGCCGGAUCCAGAGAUAAGCACCGAGUUCGGAGCCUUAGCAUUAUUGGCCUCUCGCUGGCCUUCUUCCUACACUGCCGGCUGACACUUCCACGGCCAGCCACGUUGUUUUCAAGCGCCGACAAUCCAACCGCCAAAAGUGGUUCCCUGUGGACGAGAUUCCUCACCUUCACCUACCUGCCGGUGGUCAACUUCAAGCUGCUGCUGCUGCCGGACGUGCUCAGCUUCGACUGGGGCAUGGAUGCGAUACCGCGCAUCGGCACCGUGUACGAUCGCAAGGUGGCGCUCGCCUGCCUGUUCUAUCUGGCGCUCGGUUGGGCGGUGUGGAGUAGCAGCCGCGUGCUGGCCCGGCACGCCCGCCAAGCGUCCACCGCAUCGCCCAAGAGUGCCAACGGUGCGGCCAGCUUCAAUCGGAAGCUGACCAACAAACUGAACCUGCACCGAUUGCGGACGGAGGAGGGAACGCUCGUGCCCGUCGUGCCGCUGAACGUGGACGACCCGGCCUGUGCGCUGUGCAAGCACGAUGCCGGACUGCACCAUUCCAGCUCCUGCCGGACGCUGCACAACAACAACGGCAUGUCGUCCAUCAUCUGCGGGUGUGCCUACGCGCCGGAAUACAAAUAUUUAUCACUAGCGCCUUCGACGCUGGCCAACUACUUCUGCCGGACGGCUUCCAGCGGGGGCAAGGGCAAGGGCACUAGUAGCAGCACUAGCACCAGCAGCAACAACAACAACAACGACAGUGCCAGCAUCAACUACAACCAGAGCUUCCAGGGAACGGUCGGGAAGAAGUUCGCCUGUCACUGGCCGCUGGGUUCGGCCGGUGAGACGUCGAACCUGAGCAAGGCGAAGUCAUCCGAGGAGCACACCCCAUUCCCGUUCGCCACACUUCUCUCCACAUCCCCAGAGAUAGCGUCCACAUCCCGCACGCCCUCCCUGUCCUCUUCCUCCUAUACCUCUUCCUCCUCCUCCUCCUCCUCAUCAGCUUCAAGUUCCUGUGCGUCGUCCGUACGGGGUGACAGUGCCGAUGCUUCGCCGGACGAGUCGAACCAUCGGGACGGGUGCACGUUGCACAACUCGCCCGCUGCCGCAUUGCUAAUGGCCGUCGCGUUACUGACGCUACCCUUCCUGCCGGCCAGCAACCUGCUGUUCUACGUCGGGUUUGUCGUCGCGGAGCGCAUCCUCUAUCUGCCGAGCGUUGGCUACUGUCUGCUGGUCGGGCUCGGUGUGAGUGGUCUGAUUGAUGGCACCGGUGUUGCCCGUGGCCACGGUUCGUCCAGCCCAACCGGCGCGACCGGUGGCAAGCCACCGAACUACGGCCGGUGCAGUGGCCGUCGGACUGGCCCGUGCUGGGUGGGUUCGGUCGUGCGCAAGUGUGUGGCCCUAGUGAGCAGCCGUACAUCCGCGGGGGGUGUUUAUGGUGAGGGUGGUGCGGGUACGGGAGUGUGUGGGGGUGAUGAUGCCACCGGCAUCAACCGUAUGUCGGUCAGCAGUGAUAAUGGCCGGUACGGCAAGUUCCGCACCAAUGGAAGCGUUCCGACCAGUGCAAGUGUUGUCAGUGGUAGCGGCCCCAGCAAACCGUCCCGACCGGCCACGGUCGGUAGGAGUGGCCGCUCGAGUGGCCGCAGCACGAAAGCAUACGGCCUACGGCGACGACAGUUCGUGCUGGCAUGUGUCGGCUUGCUGCUGAUCGCGUACAGUGCAAAAACGGUGCGCCGGAAUCGCGACUGGGUGGACGAGGAAAGCCUGUUCCGGAGUGCGAUCGCAGUCAAUCCCCCGAAAGCGCUCGGAAAUUUAGGAAGUGUCCUUAGUGCGCAGGGUCGCUAUCAGGAAGCCAAGGAGGCCCUGAAGGCAGCACUCAGCCAUCGCCCCAACAUGGCGGAUGUACAUUAUAAUCUAGGCAUCUUGCUACAAAACCAGCAGGAUUACAACGAGGCUGUGGAGAGCUUUCGAAAAGCGAUACGCUUUCGACCAUCGCUGGCACUGGCCUAUCUGAACCUUGGGACCUCACUGAUAGCACUGGGCCGCUGCCAGGAAGCGGCCAGCGUACUGCGGGAAGGCACCAAGCUGGACGGUUCCGGCCUGAGGGACCGGGUCGCACACGAGAACGCCCGCAUCAGUGCACUGCUGCAGCUCGGCAAUCUGUACGCCGAUCAGGGAAAACUGCAGCGUGCCCUGGCCGUCUACCGGGAGGCGCUGCACACACUGCCGGAACGAUACCCACCCCAGGGUAUCUACCAUCGUUUGGGUGACAUCUUCGCUCGUCUUAACCAAUGGAGCGAAGCGGAACGGUUUCAGCGGGCGGCCCUCGAAGCCCAACCGGACCACAUCGCUGCCCAUCUAUCGUAUGGGACGAUGCUGGCACGAAACAGCAGCCGAACAUCUGAGGCGGAACAGUGGUUCCGGAGGGCACUCCGGUUAGCACCGAACGAUGCCAGCGUACACCAUCAUUACGCUGAAUUUCUAUCCUCCCAGCGGCGUACGGAGGAAGCGUUCCAGUAUCGGGUAAAGGCGGCUGAACUGGCACCGGAAGAUUACGCACUGGUAAUGGCGGCCGCAUCAAAUCUCCGGUUGCAUGACCGCAAACUCGAAGCCGAACGAUGGUACCGUCAGGCUGUGAAAUUACGCCCACAGGAAGCGCGGGCCCAUACCAACCUGGGAGCGAUUCUACACCUGCUCGGACGCACACAGGAAGCGGCCAACAGCUAUCGGGAAGCGCUUCGGCUGCAACCGGACGACCUGACCACGCUUUCGAAUCUGGCCAAGCUGGGCGUACCGGCCAUAUCCUGAGACGGUACGGCGCAUCGGCCGGCCAGUGUCCGGAAGCCCGGAAGUUGAUUGCAGCCCACUGGACCGUGGGUUGGUGGCGCGUGCCGAGCCGACACCGAACGACCGGCGACCGGAUGGAAGUGAAAUAUGCUCGCUCGCUGGGAAUUGAUUGAAAACGCUGUACAGAGACUGCCGUGUAGUUGGUGUGGCAACAACAGAACCAUUAGAAAAGGGUGAAAAACUUAAUGUACAUAAAAAGGGGCGGACAGGGAACGUACAACGUGGACGACGUUGAUGAUUGGAAGGAAUUGUUAAAACGAGGGAUUGACUCCUUUCAGAAAACCCAAACAAUGUGUGUAGGCUAGCUAGUGAACAAAAUCGGGGCCCGCCUAGUGGAAAGGAAAUUAGGAACAAUUGUGUUGGUAACUUUGUUGAAGGUAUAAAUAUUUAUAUAUUUAAAGGAGUAAAAAAACAAAACAAACCACAGUAGGAAAUGAAAAGAUUAUGUUAUGCGCGGUAAAGGUUGACGGUAGGAAAUGUUCGGUUGGACAACGAUUUUUAAUUGCAAAAAACGAAAACAGUCAUGAGUGGAGGAAGAUAUGUUAUUAUGGCAAGUUAGUUUAGUCCCUUCCGUGUCACCAUCCUCGAAUAUCGAACCGUUGGUCAAGCAUUGCAGCACGCGCUCGAUGCCUAGUAAUCAUGUACUGUACAUAUAAAAAGUUUAUAAACCAAAACCAAACAUUCAACAGCAAGCAAAGCGCAAAACAAAAACCUACAAAACCCAAACAAAGCAUAGAGCUGUAUAUAACGAUAAUCAGACAUUGGAAACAUCACAAGCGUACACACUAGCCAACAUCAUCAACAACAACAAAACGAACGGAAGAUGAAUAUUGAACCAAAUAAUGAAAUACAAAACGCACGGGGAAACGCGAAAAGGAAGGGGCAACAAUACAAAUAUUUAACAUAAAAUCACAUUUAGUACCGAAAGUGAACCAACAAAAACCCUUCAUUAAACCACAUGUCAUCUUGCAAUCCUCAUACGUGCUAUAAAUAUACGCGGUAGCCUCAUCCGCGCAUUGCAAUGUAAAACUGUAAUUACAGGGUUUUGUUUAUUAUGAUCAUUAUUUGCCCAAAGCGUGCAGCACGCUUUCGUAUCAGUCAGACGAAAUAAACAUUGCAAUCCAUCCGAUUCCGUUUGUGCAGCCGAAUGCGCCCCUCUUUCGAUCGAUCAUUGUUGCGUUCAAUCAUCAUACACACACACACCAACACACCGGUGGCCACAAGAGAUGCUCAUUACAAUGCAUAAAUACAAUUGGCAGCUAUCGGGGUGGAAAAGGGAAUGCUGCGCCAGAUGUAUGUAUUUACUGAUAAUGGAAUCGAAAUAUCAAUACACACACACACAAGCGGCGAAGUACAAACAGACAUUCGCCAUUUGCCGGAAAUGAACUUCCAUUUAAUGACCACCCCGGACCCCCGGACGGAGUGCGAGUGUGUGCAAUUAAUUCAUUCCGAUGAAGGGCCAGCGAAGAGAACCAAUUGAACCUACAACAGCAAACAACAAAUCGCAAUAAAAUCAAUACAUUCAAAGGAUAAGAUGAGGCUGCUAUAAUCGAGGGAAAAUGUUCAAACCGGAUCUCUCUCUCCCUUUGUCAACAAUAAAAGACCUCCAAAAAACAGACAGACCGAUGAAUACAUCAUACAUGAAUAGACAACAAAGGAAGUAAAAUGUUAAAAAACCACACACACACACACACCCAACUGCAGGAUCAUAAGUAAGAAAAGAACAGUUUAUAGUCGAAAAACACCCCGAAAGCAGAUGACCGAAUGCGUGUGCUCUGUUGCUCUGGCACACCACCACCACCACCACCACCACCUGGAGACAUACAUUUAUGAAUAAAAAUGCAAAUU